AUGAAGACCAGUUUCCGGAACUGCCAAGGUGUGGGGAACCCCUUGACAGGUCACAAUCUGCGAGGGAGCCAUUUGGUAUCUCGGGUGGGCUCCCUUUGGCUUGGAGUUCAAGUUGUAAUGUUAGUAUUAUUAGUAGGGAUGUUUUUUUACCUUCAUUGUACUUUUGUCAACCAUGACGACAAUGCCAUUUGGCAUCUUAUUGGUAUCUAUCUUAAUGUUUGCUAUGUGGAUCGUGUUGCUCAGUUAUGUUUUUUAUCAAACUACAUUAACCAACUCAGGGGUUGCAUUAUUGUGGGAGAGGAUUUUAACUGUGUAAGUAACAUCAAUGAGAAACAAGGAAGGAAUAGGGUUAGUGCCAACCGGUUACAGGCCCUAAAUGACUUCAUUCUUAGUAGCCAACUGCAAGAUCUGGGUUUCAGUGGUCACCCCUUCACUUGGAAUAACAGACGUAGGGGCAAUGAUAAUAUACAAAUGCGAUUGGACCGGGUUCUUGCUUCGGUUGAGUGGCUAGAUAGAUACUCCUCAGGGGUGGUGCAUCACUUGUCUGAAUUAGGAUCAGAUCACCGCCCUCUUCUCUUGGACUCCUGCCCGAACACUGUUGAGGGCAAAUUUUGCUUUGUUUAG